AUGUCGUCAUCUUCAUCAACAAGAACAUCAUCAUCUACAACGACAACAACAACAAUGACCACUACUCAACAAUCAAGCUGGUCUACUACUGGUAGUAUGAAUAAUGCACGAAGUUACCAUGCAACACUUAUCUUACCAAAUGGAAAAGUGUUAGUCACUGGUGGAAAUAUUAAUCGCACUUACCUGAAUAGUGCUGAAUUGUAUGAUCCAUCAACAGGAACUUGGACAACUAUUGGUAGUAUGAAUACUGUACGAACUAGGCAUACAGCAACAAUGUUAACAAAUGGAAAAGUCUUAGUUACUGGUGGAUUAAGUGAUACUAGUGAUCACAAGACUGCUGAGUUAUAUGAUCUAUCAACAGGAACUUGGACAAUUACUGGUAGUAUGAAUAAUUCACGAACUCAACACACAACGUUAAUGUUAGGAAAUGGUAAAGUGUUAGUUACUGGUGGAUUUGGUCAACAUGGUUAUCUAGAUACUGCUGAGUUGUAUGAUAUUUCAACAGGCAUUUGGGCAAGUACUGCUAGUAUGAAUCAUGCACGGGAACAGCACGCAGCAUUAAUGUUAUCGAAUGGGAAAGUAUUAGUUACUGGUGGAAGUGGUAGUAGUGGUCCAAUGACUAGUGCUGAAUUGUAUGAUCCAGUAACAGAAACUUGGGUGCUUACUGGUAAUAUGACGAAGGAGCGACAUUUGCACACUACAUCUCUGUUAACAAAUGGUAAAGUAUUAGUUACGUGUGGAUAUAGUUAUAGUGGUUAUGUAAAGGAGGUUGAGUUAUAUGAUUCAGCGACAGAGACUUGGUCAAUGACUGGUAGUGUGAAUAAUGCACGAUUUUUACAUACAACAUCUAUUUUAACAGAUGGGAAAGUGUUAAUUACUGGUGGACGGGGCUUUAUCGGUAUUAUGAAUAGUACUGAACUAUAUGAUCCAUUAACAGAAACUUGGACAAUUAUUGAUAGUAUGAAUAAUGCACGAGAAUUGCACACAGCAUCAAUAUUAACAAAUGGAAAAUUGUUAAUCACUGGUGGACGCAAUUAUGAUGAUGAUUUGAAGAGUACAGAGUUGUACUAUCCGUUAUAA